CUGGGCAGCGGGCGUCCCGGGCCGCUGCGGGCCGCAGGCAUGGCCGAGGUCCCCGCGCCGGGCAUGCGGAGGCAGGAUGGGCCGCCGUCCAGUACCGGGCAUCCUCCGAACAAGCGAGCCCGAGGCUUCCCCGCGGCGGCCGCCCCCGAGCCGGAGGACCCGUUCGGCGCGCUGGGCGACCUCACCGCCGACGACCUGGAGGAGCUCGACACCCUGGCGUCGCAGGCGCUGAGCCAGGGGCCCCCCGCCGCCCAUAUUCGUAAGAUCCCCAGGGUAGAUGGCCUGUCCAAAAAUCCUGCCUGGAGAAACAGAGAAAGCGUCCCAGCUACAGAUAAUUUUGAAUUAGAGUUACUUCAGGCACAGUACAAAGAACUUAAAGAAAAGAUGAAGGCAAUGGAAGAAGAAGUCCUCAUUAAAAAUGGAGAAAUUAAGAUUUUGCGGGACUCACUACAUCAGACAGAAUCCAUCCUGGAGGAGCAAAGGAGAUCACAUUUCCUUCUCGAACAAGAGAAAACCCAGGCACUCAGUGACAGAGAAAAGGAAUUCUCCAAAAAGCUGCAGUCACUCCAGUCUGAACUUCAGUUCAAAGACGCAGAGAUGAAUGAAUUAAGGACCAAACUUCAGAGCAGUGAGCGGACAAAUAAGCCAGCUGUUCCGUCCGUCUCCCACGUCAGUCCUAGGAAGAGCCCUACUGUGAUUAUAAAGCCGAAUGCAUCCUCGCCAGUGUUUGGGAAAACAUUGUUCCCUACAAAGGAGUCUUUCACUGCUAACAUGUCCCUCCCCCCGCCCUGCCAGACAGAGCCAGGACACAAGUCCCUGGUGGGAAAAGCGGAGAGUAAAACCCACAAUGUGGAAGUCGACCUCGUACAUCAAGAAGACACUCAGGAAAGUGCUGUUGACAUCUGGGUGCGGAAACCAAAGGCUCCAGGUUGCAUCCUGAUAAGCCUUCUCCUGAAGCAGCCUUUGAUCCCAGAGUCGCCCUUCAGUCUGUGCGACCUCCUGAGCGGCUGCUCUGAGACCCUCACUGGCGCCCUGCAGUCACCUGGACUUGGCAGUUCCCUGACCGGGGUUUCAGGCCUUAGGACCGCAGGUUCUUGUGAUGGCUCGUUUUCCCUCUCGGCCCUGAAAGAAGCCCAGAACCUGGCGCUCACCGGACUGAAUCUGGUCGCCAGGGACAAAGACUCAUGUGGCCCAGCAGACGAAGGCAGGAGGGCCUUUCCGCUUUGCCAGCUUCCUGGAGCAGUGCACCUCCUCCCCCUGGCGCAGUUCUUUAUUGGCUUGCACUGCCGGGCUUUGCAGGACUUGGCAACGACAGCCAAGAGAAGCGGGGCACCGGGGGACUCGGCGGCACAUGCCUCCUGUGUGAACCCGGGGGCAGAGGCCAACCCCGAGGACCCCCUGUGCAGCCUGGAGGGCCUCUCCGCGGCUUCACUCGGCCUCCUGCAGCACCUGGUGUGUCACAGCGGCGCAGUCGUCUGCCAGUUGCUGUCGGGAGCGGAGGGAGCGUCUGUUGUGAGUGGCGGAGGCCCGAGGCCAGCUAACAGACGUGCCCCGGGGGGCGUGCCCCUGGCCCCAGAGGGGCUUGCUAGUGACCAAGGCCAACAUCCGCUGUUGAAGAUGCUUCUUCACCUGGUGACUUUCUCCUCCGUGGCAACAGGCUACCUUCAAACCAGUGUCCUCAGCCAGUGUCUUAAGGUCUUGGUGAAACUAGCUGAAAACGCUUCCUUUGACUUCCUGCCCAGGUUCCGGGGUGUGUUCCCGGUGCUGCCGCGGUGUCUCGGCGCAGACGUGCCCCUGCGGAGCGUGCUGCUGGCGGCCAAGCUGCUCUCCCUGCUGGCGGACCACCAGACGCUCGCCCCUCAGCUCUGCGCCCACUCGGAGCGCUGCCCGCUGCUGCUGCUGUGCCUGUACGUCACGUCGAGGCCUGACCGCGCGGCCUCAGAGACACAGUGGCUCCAGCUGGAACAGGAGGUGGUGUGGCUGCUGGCGAAGCUGGGGGUCCAGAGCCCCCCGUCUCCGGUCCUGGGUUCCGACUGCCAGUGCGGCGUGGAGGUGGUCAGAGCGCUCACGGGGCUGCUGCACAGACAGUGGCUGACGGUGCGGAGGGCGGGCGCCCCGCCGAGGACCGGGCAGCACGAGCGGACGGUGCGCUGCCUGCGGGACACGGUGCUGCUGCUCCACAGCCUGUCCCGGAAGGACAAGCUGUUCACGGUGCACUGCGUGGAGGUCCUGCACCAGUACGACCAGGUGCUGCCCGGCGUCGGCGCGCUCAUCCGAGGGCUUCCUGACGUGACCGACUGCGAAGAGGCAGCCCUGGAUGACCUGUGUGCCGCCGAGACCGACGUGGAGGACCACGAGAUGGACUGUGGCUGAGGCCCCGCGCGUUGAGCCACGUGGGGGUGCGUGGGGGCACUAGCACCGCUGCUCCCUUCGCCGCGUCCGUCCCUCCGUCCCUCCGUCCCUCCGUCCCUCCGUCCGUCCGCUGAUUAAAGCAGUGCCGGCUUGGA